CAAAAAAGUAAAAAAAAAAAAAAUCCCUAGCACCGAAACUCCCCAAAACCAGAGAGAGAGAGAGAGAGAGAGAGAGGAAAAAUGGGGAGCGAUGGAGAGACAGAGAAAUCGACGAAGGAGAGGAAGAAGCUGAUGGGUCUCUCUCCCAUCACCAAACCCCUCGCUGGCAAGAAACUCUCCAAAAAGAUCCUCAAGCUCGUCAGAAAAGCUGCUGAAUCUAAAUGCCUUAAAAGAGGUGUGAAGGAAGUUGUUAAGAGCAUUCGUCGAGGUCACAAAGGGUUGUGUGUGAUCGCAGGAAAUAUUUCGCCCAUUGAUGUGAUAACACAUGUCCCUAUCUUAUGUGAAGAAGCUGAUAUUCCUUACAUAUAUGUCUCUUCUAAGGAGGAGCUUGCAACUGCGGGAGUCACCAAGAGACCAACUUGUUGUGUUCUAGUGACAACAAAACCGACAAAGGGAGAACUAGGGCCGGAGGUGCAGGAGAAGCUGCAAUCUGAGUAUGAUCAAGUGGUGUCGGAUGUAAAAGAGCUAGCAUCUUCUUUGUUCUGAAACUGAGGUGGAUGUUAAUUAUGAGCAUAGCAAUUAAACUAGAAUUGUAAUAGCGGACAUAGCAACCUUAUCUUUGUUGCCUCGGGCACUUUGUUAUGCUGUAACCUAUGGUGUUCGGGCUAAAUCAAGUUAUUCUCACGACCGAUCAUGUAAUGUUCCUGGUGAUGAAGAGUUCUAUUAGCUAGCAACAUCUUUAUUGUAUGUUUUUUCUUUUCUUUCUACUGCACAUGAAGUAUUACCAUAUUUUCACGUUUA